AUGAGGCUUGUUACUCUAACAGCCAUAUUUUUCACGAUUGGAAAUGCUAUUAUUUCCGAGGAUGAGGUUGGAAUCACGGUGAGAGUGGAUCCGGGGAAAGUCGAAUGUUUUUGGCACACGAUCACGAAUCCGAAAGCAGGAUCGAUGGAAGUCAACUGGAUUGUUCUAAAAGGUGGUAGUGGAUUGGAUAUUUCGUUUACACUGAGAAGCCCGUCUCAACAAUUGCUGGCUGAUGAAACAGCAAAAAUGCAUGGAAGGCAUACAGUCGAUCUAUCAAAAAGCCCGAUUGGUGAUUACGUGAUGUGUUUUGACAACAAGAUCAGCACAACUGCAAACAAAAUUGUGGCACUACACGUCUAUGUGAUGGACAAAGAUGGAAAUUUUAUGAGUGAUCUCAACGAAUUGGAACAAGUUUCGGCUGCACAUUUGGAAGCUCGACUAGAUUUCUUUGAGAUGGCUACAGGGAAAAUCAAAACUCAUUUGAGUCAAAUUGAGAGUAUCCAACAGGCAUUGCAACACAUCGAAUACAUUGAUAGGACGUUGGCGGAGACGAAUUUCGAGAACAUCAACUUCUGGGGAACGGUGAACACAUUGGUGAUGUUGACUGCAUGUUUCGUACAGGUUUUCUUGAUCCGAAGUAUCCUUUCUGAUGACUCGAAAGUUGGUCGAUUGCUGAGAAAAGGAAAGAUG